AAGAUCCUGUAUUUUCUUUUGACGAAAAGAGCAGAUAAUGUGUGCGAUAAUGAAAAUGUCGAACAGAAAUAUAUAUAAAUAUAUAUCUAGAUAUAUCUAAUACACUUUUAAAAGUGGCUGCUUAUACUAAAGGUUAAAGAAAGAAUAUUUUUAAGUUACAUUUUGUAUAUUUUCCAUUUGUCACGAAAGUGCAUUUUACAGAAUAUGGACUUUCAAAACAGAAAUUCCCUGAACGUUCGAUUAAACAGAGUCUCGGGUAACCUGUUACCGAUGACUAGCAACGAUUCUCCGUUCCCUGUAGCGUGGAGAAUAUACAGCGCCGUUAUAUGGCUGAUCGAAACAAUUUAUAUUAGCGCAAUAAUUCCCGGAAUCUUAUACGUGCCAAUAGAUAAAGCUUUGCGGGAUGGAACGGUCGGCAUGGUGGUUAUCAUAGAAGUGUUUUUUUUAUUAAGACAAAUGCAUGUGCACAGAGAUCUUGUAACUCAACUGAUUCAAAAACUAAAUGAAAUUCUGCGCGUUGGGGAUAAGACAAUGAAGUUUAUCGUGGAUUCGACCUUAAGACCGGUAGAUGUUCCUCUCAAAUUUUAUUGCAUAGCUGGGACUAUAUCUCUUGCAAUGUGGUGCUGUAUAUCUUUUGCGUCGAUUUUGAAGAAGAAAUAUUUUUUCUAUGAGGAUUAUAGGGUACCAAUAGUUCUCUCGAAGCAACCAUUCUCGAUAGAAAUCUUUCUAUUGGGAAAUUGUAUCGUGACUAUUGCUAGCGUGUAUAUAUUUAUAAAAAAGGUUGCUUUGAACGUCUACAUGAUAAAUCUAGUAUUACUAGUAACAGCACAAUAUCGCUACAUCGCGGUGAAGCUCGCAACGAUAUUUCGAGAAAAUAUUCUACAGAGUCAACACGAUGAAUUCGAAAAGGAAUAUUCUAAUGUAAAUUCAUUGGCGAUUCUGAAACUGAAGGCAUUAUGUCGACAUCACAAUGCUAUAGUACGAAUAACUUUAAUGCUAAAGAAAUUGCUAUCUUUAAAUAUGAGUCUAAUAUAUUUGACAAAUGUUUUUAUUCUUUGUUUUCUCGAUGUCAUGCUGAUAAGUGCAGUGAGUAAUAUUUGAUAACGGUAUUAACAUUUUCUAGUUAUACAUGAUUGAAGGUAGAUUUAUGAUACUAUAACGAUAUGUAUGUAAUCUAGAUAUUAUCGAUGGAUUUUCUAGAAGGAAUUAUGAUUGUUAUGUAUAUAUCUGGUGCUCUAGUUGAGCUUUAUAUUUUAUGUUUAUGCGUUAAUCAAUUAUUAGACGCGGUAAGCUUUGUUGAAAUAUAUUUUCACGAUUACACGAUUACGAUUUUUAUUAAAAAAAAUUACAUGCGAAAUUUUGUUAACAAUAUGCUCUACUGAUUCUACAUUAUUGAUUUGAUAAAAAAUAUUAUAUCUACACAUACACAUACACACAUUAAUAUUAUCUUCACGAUAUAUUAAUAUAUACAUUAUCUAUAAGAUAAACAAAAUUCUAUUUUGAAAUUUAACAUGAAUUAAAAUUGCAUAAAAUCAAUUUUAUGUAUUAUUUUGUAUACACUUUAGAGCGUAGAAAUAACAGACAAGGCAUUCCAUGAAGAAUGGUAUCAGUAUGAAUCAUCAUUAAAACAUAUGUUCAGAAUGAUGAUAAUAACUAAUAAUUUAGGAUGUAAACUUUCAGUUUCUGAUAAGUUUAA